CCACAUGCACCACUAGGCAAUGUGCCGAGGGGACUGGCACAAGGAUACGCCUCCUACCCUUGCUCUCCUAUAAUAUGUGGCAGCGACCUCUCCAGUCCACACAUCCCUGCACUUACAGGCUUGGAGCUUCUCUCCAACCCCCUGCUCUGGGGACCGGCUGUCAUCCGCCCCAUGCCAGGAACCCGCUGAGAGGAUUCCUUCUCUGCCUCAAACGCCCACACUCAUUACUGCAACCAAACCAGGACUGACAACUGCUAGAAGAGAUGGACCCUUCAAUAGAAGUUACCUCUCUGUUCUCCAACCAAUCAACAGAGAGCUGUGGAGGGGAGACCAGAGUGGAGAACCUGGUCUUUGGGGGCUACUACAUCCUGGUCUUCCUACUGGCCUUGAAUGGGAACAGCCUGGCUCUGUGGAUCUUCUCCCGCCAGCGUGGAUCCUCCACUCCUGCCAACGUCUUCCUGUUGCACCUGGCAGUGGCGGACCUCUCCUAUGUGGUCAUCUUACCUCUGAGGGCGACCUAUCACCUGACAGGGGGCCACUGGCCGUUUGGGGAGGUGCCGUGCCGAUUAGCCGGGUACCUCUUCUACGUCAACAUGUACGCCAGCCUCUACUUCCUGGCCUGCGUGGCCGGGGACCGCUACCUGGCCGUGGUGCACGCCGUGAGGUCGCUGAAGGUCCGGCGGGCCCGCCAUGCCCACAUUGCCAGCUUCGCCCUAUGGUUCCUGGUCACCAUCUCCAUGGCACCCCUGCUCGUCAGCCGGCAGACCUCCGAGGUGGACGGGGCGACCGUGUGCCUGCAGCUGUACCGCGAGAAGGCGUCCCGCCGGGCCCUGGUCUCGCUGGCGGUGGCCUUCACUCCACCCUUCCUGGCCACGCUGUCCUGCUACUUGCUGAUCAUCCACAGCCUGCGGCGGGGCUCCCGGCUGGAGCCGGCGCUGAAGCUCAAGGCCCUGCGCACCAUCGGCCUGGUGCUGCUCAUCUACGUGGUGUGCUUCCUGCCCUACCACGCCAGCCGCGCCACCUACAUCCUGGGCUACGGCCACCCGGGCGUCUCCUGCCAGGCCCGCCGGGGCCUCAUGUUGGGCAACCGGCUCACUUCCUCCCUCACCUGUCUGAACGGGGCCCUGGACCCCCUGGUCUACCUCUUCGGGGCGGAGAAGUUCCGCGGGAGCCUGCAUAAGCUCUUCAGCAGGAACGCAGCAGGGACCUCUGGCGCCACCACUGGGGAGCUGAAGGGAACGCACGAGAGCUCAGUGAGUGCUAAGUCUGAGAUCUAAGUCUAAGUCUAAGCCUGCGGGGGGGGUAAAGGUUACAGGAGAUGCAAUGGGCCCUGAAAACGUGCUCCCUUUAACAGACUCAGUCUUAUCCUUUUCAAACGGAAAAGGGCUCCCAGGUUAAAUCUCUUUGAAUCAAAAGGGCAGGUGGCAUCCGGAAAUCAAACCCUGACCUUUACAUGUUGUCAUAGUUGCGGGUUCCUUCAUGGGAAAUGGAGCCCCUGUGACAGUAACCUUUAGACAAAAGCAAAUUAUCUUCAGGUCCUUCAACAUUACAAGACUGGGGAAGAGCACAGCCCUUGAAGCUAAGCACAAUGUUGAAAUCCAUUGCAAGCUUGUCAUGAAGUCCAGUCAAUUUGCUUUCAGUUUGCAUCUUUUGGUGCUACAGCAUGAGGGAAAUGCAGCAUUCUUAAGUUUGUCUUAUUUCUACAUGUGUUUUCUUAUGUGACAAAAAUGUCAAAAGAGGAAUAUUUUGAUCACUUAUCUUUUCAAGCAGCACUUCUGAAAAUGGUCAAGCUUAAGGAGGUUUUAUAGCUGUGUUGUGAAGAAGAGAAGUGGGCUGUGAACAUUUGAAAACCAGUUGCGAAGCUUUAUAACUUUGUAUAUAUGCACACUCACAUUGCUUC